GAGGAAGCGGCGCACCUGGCUCGUGGGGCUCUGAUGAUCUGUGUCCACUGGAGGUUAUAGUGAUAGGAAAUCGGCCUGAAGUGUCGCACUAGUUAACAUGGGAGCCGUUGUGACCUUGAUUUUCCUGACAGCCUUCAGCUUGACACUAGGUCAACUGAUCGUCCCACAAGAUAUAGCUAUAGGACAAAAGCAGGGAACGUUGAUGGCAUUAACCCAGUUUGAAACCAAAGGUUCUGAAGCCAUCAACGAUCUGUCGCGGCCACAGGAAAUAUUGGUUGAGGGACUGACUCAAACCCGCCACGAAGAUAAAAAGAACCAAGCCUUAAAAAGAGAGUUUCCGGUCGCUGCGACAUCGGAUUUACUUGGUGUUGCGGACGUUCAAAAGCCAACGAAAGUGGCUAAGCAAGGUAAACCACCCAACUCAAGAAAAAACGAUAUGUUUCCACCUCUACCGUCAGGUGUCGAUUUUCUUAGUACUUCUAUGUCAUCUCAGGAAAUAAUAGAAGUGCCGUCGCGUGCCAGUAGGAAAAAGACAAGUAUUUCAAGGAGCUGGAAAAACCUAGUUAAGUCGAACCCAAGACAAGUAGGGGACCGAAUUGACAUCGUCAUCGAAAAACGUAUGAAUGGAAACGAAUUAUCUCGAAGUGCAGCAAUGUCCAAACACAAUGACAAUAAGUUAUUGAUAGAUGCACCAAAGGACAAUGCAGGUGUGUAUUUUAUUGAGCCGGAACUCCCAUGGUUAAAUGCCGCGGUGGAACAAACUCCCGAUCACACGUGGACGGAAAGCACAAUAGUGCGAUCUAGUAUAGGACCAAUAGAAACUGCGGAGAUGUCGAGUCAUGCUGUAAAAGUAACAAAGGCAAAGAAAAAAGAUACCUCAAAGGUGAACGAAAUUUUAAAGACUCCACCUAUAACUUUAGACGUGAAUAGUACUCCAAUUGAGGCUGUGACCACGAAUAUGGGAAAACAGGAUACACACAGCUUUCAUCUUAAAACGACCGACAAGCAAGUUCAGAAUCCGGUAACACCUAGUACAGUCGGUGGAUGGUCCACAUGGGUGGAACCUAUUGCGGCGGACACAUCUCCAGCAUGGUUUGAUGGACAGGUAACGGUUCCAAACGUUCCUGCUACAGAGAAACCCAUUGCUAAAACUGACUUGAACUUUUCAGAUAUACAAACAGAAUCAGUAGCAACAAAGGAAAAUAAAUCUUCUCCGGGUGCUUAUAUUAAUGAUCUGCAUAUGGAACUUCCAACUGGAAACGAUCUACAGAAGUCACAAUCAAAAGGUUUUUUUGCUAGUUGGAGACCAUGGACAGACACAAAUAAACAAACUACAACUCCAAUGGUAAAAAGUCACAAUGAUAAACAAGAAACUGUAUCAAUGUCCCCUGUUUCAACAACAACAAUUUUGGAAACAAGAGAACACGCAAUAAAUAGUAUCGACGGCGAUCUCGACAACCAAGCUGUAGAACUUGACAAAGGUACGAUGGACGUUACACCGACCGCACAAACAGUGGAUGCUGAAGUCAUAAAAUCACAGGUCAUCUUACAAGGGACGCAGGCUUUACAUUCUGAAAUAGUUCAAACGGAUAUUGGCAUUCAAAGUGAUAAUUCAGAACACAACAAAGGUAUGAUGGAAGUUACAACAAUGAAACAAACAGUCAAACAAGAAGUGAUCAAAUCUCAGGACACCUUACCAGAAACCCAGGCUAAAAUUCCUGAAACAGUCAAUGCGGAUAUAGGCAAUGAAGCUGCACAUGCAGAACAUGGAAAGGUUCCGUUGAAAACCGUACAAAGUAAAUUAACCAUAAAUCAAGAAGUUUUAAAUAACCAGGAUAUCUCACAAGGAGAGCAGACUAUAAAUCCUGAAUUAGUCAAUGACGCGGCGAGUAUCGUUCCAGGUCAACUGGAAGUCAGUACUGUCUCAGCAUCAAAGGUAUUGGAAUCCCCAAAAUUGUUGAGUUCUAAUGUACAAGCUCAAGACGUGACUGAAGCCGUAAGUAGUAAUAUUAAUGAGCCUUCGCAAAGCACACCCAGCAAAAUUUCAAAACCAACUACUAAGACUGAAGAAGUGACAUUUCCCCCAACAUCAAACUUUGACCCUCUGCUUCUUCCACCGGCGCUAUCGGCUGUUGAAGGUCACGUGUCUCGGCAUGAGAAAAUUGAGCAAAAUCCCUCUUCUCAUGUACAUUCUGAAGCUUCAAACCCACACAUAGCGUCAUCAUCGUCAAAUAAUGUUCUAGAACAAAAUGACAUUAGCGGAGGUUUCCCUGAUUUUGGAAAAUCUGCAUCUCCCUCUAAACGCCGCUUUUUUGUCUCUCCAAGUCCUUUUGAUCUUAUUCCACCAGAGGAACAUCUGCAUGAAGGUAUUCUCCAUCCGAUUGAACCGCAAAUUCCUAACAAUUUGUUUGACAAAGAACAUUCUGCGAACUCAAAUACAAAGUUGAAUGAAGAUGUUCUCAACUUUCAUUCUCAUACAGAACAACGGGAUAUUACAAAUUCUAUCAGCACGCACGGAGAGCAAGAACAAGUCCAGCUAAAACCACCCAGUAAAGCUAUAUCCGGAGACAUAACACAAGACACACAGAAAAUGAAAGCUGGAGUAAACGCAAAUAACAAUUGGAGCACUAGAUCGGAAAAUGGGUUGGCACCAGCUGACCUCAAAAACUCAGAUCAAAUAACUGUUUCUGAUCAAGUACAGGAACGAAAUGUGCUGUUAGAGCAAAUAAGAGAAGCAUUGGUCAGUCUAAACGGAGGUCCAGAUAUAGCAAAACCAUUAGAGGGAAUGAAUCCACUGUCCCACGAGCCUGGCCUUACGCAUGCGCUUAUAGGCAGUGUUAACGAUCUCGUAGAUAUCACAAGAGCAAAGAAAGAACCAAUAAGAACAUUUCAUUCGAAACAUUUGGUAUCGGCGGCUUCAGGAGGAAGCGCAGACACCGAUAUAAAUGCCAAUGUUGAUAAACAUGGAGCUCACCACCACUCAUCUGUUAAACAUAUAGACAAAAAUCUGUUCCAUUAUCACAAUAGUUUACAUACAGACCCCAAUUCAGGUCAUAUUGUAUUAGAUGAAAAAGCUAUAAGACAAAAACUGCUUUCUACAGAUUCCACAGAUUCUCAUAUUGGACAUGCAGGACACGAUUCUGUCCUUGGAAAUCAUAUGGGACUAACUGAUUCACUCAAUAGGGCGGAUGUAGAUUUAUCUCAAGAUCUUUCGAAAAAUCUCAUGAUGAAUGCUCCUAUUACAAUGCGAAAUCUUCAAAACCGUAUAGAAGAAACAAACAGAGAAAGUGCAAAGCUACGUUUCUUCGAGACCCACAAACCCUCAGAUAAUAUCAUAAAUCGUAUAGCUAUAUCUGAAAAGUCAAAUCGGGAAGAAAAGAAAAAUGGAAAGAAGACCGUCGCAAUGCAUACCAAAACUUCAACUCCUUUGACUACAACGCAAGGAGAUGAUGCAAACGGUGCGCUUAGCAAUAACAAUUCGAUUUUUUUCGAUCCAAAAACGCAUAAACCAGUUGAUCCAUUCCAUAAUGUUUCCUCAGAUGUCCUUCAAAAAGCCCACCGGGCCUGGGAACACGCUGUAGCUAAUGUUAAAAAGCAUAUUGAUCCAAUUCCUGAAAUAGCUGCCGUGGUCGGUGACAAGAAAAACGCCAUUCGCGUUGGAUCAGUGUCUUCCAAUCGCGCUGGAGAAACACCUCCUUCCUCGAGUCAACAGCCUCAUGACCCAAAUGCAGCUUUCCAUUUUCUGGAUCCUGUCACCAACGCUGUAGUACCUAUUGCUGCAUUACCGGAAACGUCAUCUGACAACGAUAUGCAUUCGCUUAAUCAUCACCAGCCUCAUCUUCCUAACAUCAAUGAAAUGUUUCAAACUUCUAUGGGUAAAGGAAAACAUCCCCCACUGCCAUUUAUCAAUCCUAUUUCAUCUGGGGGUGAUAUGAAUGGUGAAGAUGGAUUUUUUGUUGGACCUAUUUUGUUUGGUCCUGUUGAUAAUCCACCUCCAAAUGGAGAUAUCGAAAUUAGUGGACCUGUUCUGGCGAUGGGACUAUCAACUGGGGAUGAAUCAGAAAUUGGAAACCAUGAGCCAGAAGGAUUUGAUAUGAAGAAAAUUCUUCAGGGAAUUUUCCUAGCUAAUAAAAAUCAACACCAUGCCAAGAAAAAUUCUUUUAAAACUCGUUCACCGUCAAUUUUAGGCUUAUCAAAUAAUACUGCGACUAAAUCGAAAUCUAACAAUAGUGAAAAAAUGAAACUCGUAAAAUCUGUUGGACGAACAAGUAUCAAUCCGUUACAGCAGCUGUCGCGUGGGUCUACAGGAAGGAGCAUUCUUCCGUUUACCCAUUUCCCGCAAGAAUCCGGAUUUAGACAUAGUACAUCGACUCACACAAGUGAGAAAGUUUUUGACGCGCCAGGCGAUCGGUCAUCAACAGCAAAACCCAGAAAGGGAAUUUCCAAGUCUUUAUGGAAUGCAUUGGCAAAUAUUCUUAAGGCAAAUAAAAGGAAAGAAUUUCUAUCAGCACAAAAGGCAAAAAACAAAUUCCAAAACACUUUUCCAGUUGCGAUAACAAAGAAAAACUUACUACAACGUCCUGCCCAGAAACAGUCUAAAAAGCCAAGUAAAAUCGAUAUGCAGAAAAUAAUCAACAUACUGAAAGCAAGAAAAAAGUUAUUUCGAUUAAAGAAAAAGUCAAAGGCUCCACAAAUAAAGAAGAAGGAAAGCGCCGGCAUUUCGAAAAAAGUUUUAGGAGGAAGGAGUGAAAUACCUAAACGAUCGAUGAUUAAACCAGUUACAUCACCAAAGCAUGAGUCAAUAUCACCAAGGAGAUCACACGAAUCGGUGUCUACAAACACGGACAGGCCUGCACCCUUCCGAAAUAACAACUACCAGUUACUGCUACAGCUGUUGAAAGCCAGACGGUUCAAGCAAAACCAUGUGAGCACCAAUGUACCUAGUGUACGGACAAAUAUGAGGACAUCUCGCAUGCAAACCGUCGCCAGACCGGCACAACGAACAAUAGGACAUUCGUCGGUGAAUGCAGGUCGACAAAGCUUUAUUCCGCAGCUUCACUCUUCUCGCAGGCCCAGUGCAGUCAGACCUAUCCCAAUAUCGACGAUACACCAAUGGCCAUUCUCAGCACCUGUGACAAGCCAUCUUCCCUCUAUGAAUACACAUUUCCUGCCUACAUAUAGACCUUGGCCUCAUAAACAAAUACAGAAAUAGACGGCAGUGAGUGAGAUUAUGUUACUAGUCAAGUUUUCAUAUGAAUGGAAACCAUGAAACCAUACACGGAAAAGGUUCAUAACUAACAAUGACUGAAAUGGAUAUUUCCGUCCAAAGUUGUCCGGGAACCCAGCAUCAGCAGCAUCAGUUUUAAAGUGUAAGCAGGUGUAAUACAAUUCAUAUGUUCGUCUUAUCUGAACAAAUAUAAAGAUAUAACUACACUGCUUACAAUGUAACGUUGUCAAUCAUAGAUAUUCAAAUGACACCGGAAAAGAAUGAACUUGUACUAACAACAUCAACGAUCUUUUUCUGAUCUAUGGUUGAUAUGUAUGUGUCGAAACAAGAAAUUGUGUUAAUAUUUGGAUAUAAGACAUCUAUCAUUCUGGUAUUGUUGGGGCAUAACAAUGAAAGACAUUGUUUUACUCAUUCAUGAUCGUAUACAUAUACAAUAGUAUAUUAUGAUUAUUCUUUUUUAAAUAAUUAUCCAUUUCAUAAAAAUACUAUGACUUUGUCGAGAAAAUAACAGAAAAUGAUUCAUACAUUACUAAGUUUCACGGAUGUCAGUUGAAACAAAUAAUUCUAUCUAUCACAUAACUAAAUGUGUUGCAACUGUUCCUGAAGAUAUAGAUAUUUGUCUUUUGCUUUUUUUUCUUAUUUUUUUUUUUUUUUUUUAUUUUUUUUUUUUGUGACGUAGAGAUGAGGUCACCUUUGAAAUAACGGGAAUUAUAGCCAAUAAAAAUCUCUGCCUGGUGUUUUAAAUGUGUUUACAUCAGUAAUGAUACUGAUAACUACUUAGUUGUGAGUUUGAUGAAUUAAUACUUCAAUAAUUGCAAAUGAACGUUCCUUUAUCAAGAGGAUACGACCGACAAAUCCAGUUAGUAUUAUUUACUAGUAUUAUACGAUUAGUAAAUCAUUUUACAGAGAAAUAUAAAUGUUGCUGAAUUAACCUGAUCAUUCCUUUAUUUAUUUAUGCCGCACAGUUGUUAUUGAAGGUCUUUAAAGGGUUUGAGAGUGAGAGCGUGAGUGUUUUGUUAUUUUAAUAAAUAUGAACAUUUGUA